CAGUAAAAGAUGCAUUCGAGCUGCUGUCUCGCGAAGAAAAGCUCUAUGCUCACUACGUUGGCGUAGCAUCCUGGGCAGGGGCUCGCAUCAUCCAAGCUCAAUGGACGCCACAGGCGCCUGAUCUCUAUGACCUACUCGUUCUCGUCUUCACCAACGAGGAAGGCAAAUGCGUCAACUUUGAUAAACUGAAGGAGGAUUCUCAAUCUUCUGAAGAGCAAUGGAAACAUGCUCUCUCUUACGCUGCUCAAGUAUUUGGCAAUCUCCUCAAUUACAAGUCCUUUGGCUUCACCAAGUUUGUCCCUCGCAUCAAAAUCAACGACUUUAAGCGAAUCAUCGAAGCAUGUCCCAACCAUGAAAAAGCCAAGCCACUCUGGGACAAGCUUUCCGACUACAUCUACACUGUUGAGCCGGAAUCAGAGAUGUUGAUAGGUGAUCCCAAUAAAGGCCACGUAUCCAACUACUAUCUUGGACGGAAAUCAACCGAGGAAGAG